UCGGAGGCCAUCGCCUCACUGAAAAACACUCUGAACCUCGACUCCGCCCGCGAGCCGCCGCUCUCCUCCCCUUCCAGCUGCCGGAGACACGUGUGGGGCGGCGUUGUACGGAGCUUGACGCAGCUGUACCCCGGCAGCCAACUCCCCGAGAAAUUGGUCUCCAAUCUUCGCAAACAUUACGAUUCCUUACCGAUCAGCUACUCGCACGCCGGCUUCGAAAUGAAAGACGUGUUUCUGCACAUCAAAUUGAUCGAACAAGCAUCGGAGGAAAACCACCCGGCGAUAAUGAUCCAAGAGAUCUCCGACGAAGAAACCAACACAAACGGCUCUGUAUUCAAGCUCACAUUUGCAUGUAACUCCGCCAUUUCAUCGCCCGCCGUGUCGGGCGCACUCGACACUUCCUCGGUCUGCUGCAAAAAUCUACAGAUCUUCGAGAAGAAGGGCUUCACUCUCGGAAUCGUCACACUGUUAAUCCAAACCGGACACGAGAAAUCAUUCAAAACUCGGAUCGAAAAUGCACUCAAAUCCGCCUCAAAGAAACCGAAAAGCAGCACCAUGAAACUCCCAUUCGGACUCUGCGGAUGCCAAGAAGAGAGCACUAAAGGGAGGGAUCUCGGAGACGUUGAAGAGGAUUGUAAUGGUGACCCGAAUUACAGAAACGGAGAGAAUUCAGAUUAAAACGCCAUCUGCAAACCCGCUUUGCCAAAUGACUCGAUCGUAAUAUCUGUAGACGAGUGGCAAACCGUGAUAUCAGGUAGGGACGGAAUUGGGAAAUGGUUGCUGAAUUACGAUGCAGUCGAAAUUACCGACCAAAUCGGACCGAGUUCGUUCAAGGGUGUUUACAAGGGUAAAAAAGUCGGGAUCGAGAAGCUCAAGGGCUGCGAUAAAGGAAACUCCUACGAGUUCGAAUUGAGGAAAGAUUUGUUGGAGUUGAUGACUUUCGGGCACAAGAAUAUUCUACCCUUUCACGGGGUUUUUCUCGACGAUAAUCACGGGCUGUGUGUUGUGAGUAAGUUGAUGGAAGGAGGAUCCGUUCAUCAAUUGAUAGUGAAGAAUAAAAAGAUUCAAACGAAGGAGGUUUUGAGAAUUGUGACGGAUGUUGCUGAGGGAAUUAAGUUUAUGAAUGAUCAUGGAGUUGCUUAUCGGGAUUUGAACACGCAGAGGAUUUUGUUGGAUAAACGUGGAAAUGCUUGUUUGGGCGAUAUGGGAAUAAUUGCUGCUUGCAAGAGUGUUAGUGAGGCUAUGGAAUACGAAACCGAUGGUUAUAGGUGGCUUGCUCCGGAGAUAAUUUCGGGUGAUCCAGAAAACGUGACAGAGAGCUGGAUGAGUAAUGCGUAUAGUUAUGGAAUGAUAAUAUGGGAAAUGGUGUGUGGUGAGAUUGCUUAUUCCGCUUAUUCACCGGUGCAAGCUGCAGUCGGAAUAGCUGCGUGUGGGCUCCGGCCAGAAAUUCCCGAUGCCUGUCCGCAGAUUCUUCGAUCGCUUAUGAUAAAAUGCUGGAACGAUUGCCCCUCAAAACGGCCACAUUUUUCGGAAAUUCUAUCAACUCUUUCGCGAUUCAAUAACAAUAACACCAACUCCACGGCUAAGUAGUAAGUAAUUGUUUUUAUUUUUUUUUACUGUUGUCUACUUAGUUUAGUAAUUGCGGUACGAGUUUUUGUAAUGAAAAUAGCAAUGAAAAAAAUAUACAUGAUAGAAAACCAUUGUACCAUAUAGUACUUAACAUGUUUCUUUGUUUUAUCAUUUUCUUCUUGUCCUUUUCUAACACACAAUGUAAUGGAAAAUUUCUAGACAGCACUAUGUGUACUUGUGUGCAGUGGCGGAGCCGGAAUGUUAUC